AUGGCUGUUGAGAGGGCUCAUCUCAGAAACUGGGCUGGUCGUAUUUUUUCCCAUUUUUUCUGCUUGCCAACGCCUCUAUCGGCUCGAAUUCGUAUAAAGCAAAGUUCUUCGGAAACUAAGACGACGUAUAGCAUUUGCUCUAAAUGGAAACAGGUUGACAGCUGUCGGAACGAUUUCUUGGUCAUGAAUCAGGAAUACUCGAUUUUCUUUCGGAACAGAUUUGAAGCACCACAGCUUUUGUAUUCCUCUUUCGGAACAGUGACAUCUUUUAGCUCUUGUUUCCCGUACACAGGGAAGUCUGAAACUCUUUUGUGGGACAUUGAGCAGGAUCCGCUGCGUGUCGUUUUUGUUGAAUAUACUCCUUCAAGCAGUGUGUCAGGUGAUUCAGAGGCAAUAAAGGCUUCGUCGGCUAUUUCUGGGACAUUUGUUUAUGUGUUUUGUUCAAAGAGUGGAAAAAAAUUAAAAACAAUCAAAUUGCCAACUGAAAAUGCUAAAAGUUUACCCGCAGCUCAUGGGAAGGUGUAUAGGUCGGGCGAUUCGUCAGUACCAUUUGCGUCUUGCCGAUUUUGUCCUACAAAUCCCAAUAAAAUAAUAUAUUUAGCAGAAUAUUCCCGCAUCGUUGGCGACAAAGAUCCUUCUGAAUCGGUUACCAAAAGUAUUCCCGAAAGAUCUCCUUUCAUAUUUGAGGAAAACUGGGGUGAGGGUUUGAGUAAUACCUUACGUCCAGUUGUUUGUCUUCUUGACCUGGAGACAGAGGAAGUUGUUUGCACUCAGUCCUGCUUAGAACAACUCGUUCCAGAAGCAAAGCACUGGUCCAUUGACGACCCUCAUUACACUCCCAAUGGUAAUGGAAUCGUUUUCGUUGCCUACGAUAACAAUCCAUAUCGACUUGGAUUGAAAUACUGUUAUCAACGAGUAGCUCGAUUAAUGUAUUGGGAUUUUGAGACAUCAACACUGCAAUGUCUCAGCCAUGACAAUCAUGCUGUACGGUGGCCGCGUUUUUCUCCUGAUGGGUUGAAACUGAUUUGGUUUGAAAUACCGGCUGGUGGACCGCAUGGGCAGUGUUUUGCGAUGAUAGCUCAAAAUUGGCCUCCAGACCAGUCUGAACCCGAGGUAAUUAUUCCUCUUGUUGCUAUGGUGAAAGAUCGGUCUGAAUUCCCAGGUCUUUAUCUUUGCGCUGGGGUUCCUGAAAGAUGCUGGACAGCUGAUAGCAAAGGAGUCGUUUUGUCAACCAUCUGGGGCGCGGAAAAGGCUCUCAUCCAUGUAGAUUUGGAUUCAGGCCCGUCGGAUCGAAUUUCUCGUUUUUCAUCGCCUCUAGCUAAUUUGGAAAAGGGUGGUGGGUACGGAACUGUCACACUAAUGGACGUAAAUGAUGAUGUACUAGUUGUGGAUGUUAGUUCGCCGGCUGUCCCCAAUUUCCUCGCCUUUGCAAAAGUUUCAAAUGGAAGCGUUGCUAAAACAAACUGGCUCAGCCUUAGUCUAACUGGCGAUGAUCAGCCCAUAGUGCCUUGUUUGAAGGGGCUCGAGUGGAAAGUGCUCGAACAUACAGCUAAAACAGAGGACACACGUUUCGGUGUCACGCGCUUUGAGUCUAUUCUCGUUUAUCCUCUACUAGACUCUUCUUCGUUGCAAUUUUGCAGAGGUUCCCAUUUCACGAAUCGGGAGGUUACUUGGGAGAACACUCGCGGCUUAAUCGUUCUUCCUCAUGGCGGUCCCCAUUCCGCUUUUACGGCCGAAUGGUUGCCACUAUUAACCUCUUAUAUCGCUGCAGGCUUUGCCUGUCUUCUUGUCAACUACCGUGGUUCUGUCGGGUAUGGCAACUCCAGUAUCUAUUCACUUCCCGGUAAAUGUGGCGUCAUCGAUGUGGCCGACUGUGUUCAAGCGACUGAAGAGGCCCUCUGUGAUUUGGGCAAGCCUGAUCUGCCGUGUGUUUUGCUUGGAGGCUCCCACGGCGGCUUUUUGGUACUACAUUUGGCGGGUCGCUACGCGUCGCUCUACCGUGCCGUAGUGGCUCGUAACCCAGUGACAAAUCUGGUGAGCAUGCUCAGUACCACCGACAUCCCCGACUGGUGUUGGACUGAGGCGGGCAUUGGGCUUGACAACGCGGUUGCCGAUCCCCAGCAUCCUGACCACCUCUGUCGUGAUUGCACCUUCGCCUCUAAUUUCUGUCCCACUGAUCCCAACCACCUGACUCGUCUUGUCACCUGCUCCCCAAUCACCCAUAUCUCGUCUGAAUGGUCCGUUCCAAUUCUUAUGUGUAUUGGUGCAAAAGACCAACGAGUACCGAAUGAACAGGGGACCUCCUUCAUGCGUGCGCUGCGAGCCCACUUAGGUGAAAGGGCGGGAGAGACAAUGUGUCAAACUCUGUGUUUCCCCACCGAGGGGCAUCCCAUUCAGAGUCCCGCAGCCUCUAAGGAUAAUUUUGUGAGAGCCGUCGAGUGGUACUAUCAAGCUCUCGGGCUUCUCAAAGCGUAA